GGGGCGCCGAGAGUUUUUCCUGACACAGCAUAACCACGGCACGACCUUGGGCGAGUCACUUCAAGUUCUCGGGGCUCGGGUUUCCCAUUUGUAAAGGGGCGUUGAUGAUACCUCCAGGUGGCAGGGGGAAAGAAAAGCCCACGUGACCAGGCGAGCCCGGCUGCUGUGAUAGGAGCGAGAGAAGGAGAGAGACUGCUUUGGGGUAUUCUCUUCGAGCUCAACGGAGACCAAAAAAAAAAAAGUCCUCUCUUAGCUAGAGACAAAGCGUGAGAACUUUCAGGAUUGGGGAGGGGGGAAAAGGAGCUUUAAUGGGAAAGUUGCCGGAGGGUGAGGGCGUUCAUCAAGUUAAAAAUAGACUCGCGUCCUCUACGCCGCUCCCGCCUCCCAGUCCCACCCUCAGGGUGGUGGCCCCCGCAGCUUAGGCGUUUUUUGCAUAGGUCUGAGUGACAGUUGCUUUGUCUCCCCCUCCCGGGGCGGCCCGCUGCCCUUCUGAGGCUCGGCUUUCCCUGCCCCCACCGCCUCCUCCUCCUCCACCGCCCGGGCGCCCCGGAGCCCGAAAGCCCGGGGGCGGAGUCACAGAACCCUUCGUCAUCCUCGUCAUCGUCCUCGAGGCUAGAGCAGCAGCAGCAGCUGCUGGAAGAGCUUUAGCCGCCGCCUCGGUUGGUUGGAGAGUCGUUUGCUGCCGCUGCUGCUGCAGCUGCUGCUGUGUACACGGCCCGCCCCUGCCGCCGUUGCCGCCGCCGACGCCGGUGGGGUUUUCGCUGACGUCCCCGCCCCGCCUCCUUCUGCCUCGAGACUUGGGGCCGAGGACCGGGUGAAGAGACGGCAGAAAGCGCACCGCAGCGAGGCUGCCUGUACGCCGGGGUUGCUGGUGGCAGCCUCGGGGCGGGGGCGGCGCGAGCGAGCGUGAGCGCGAGACCCGCUGCCGGGAGCCGCGAGAACCUCGGCCGGAGGUAGAGGAAGGAGAAGGAAGAGCCGUAUUAAAAGACUGUCGGGAACUCUUCCCCCCCCCCCCCCCCGCCCGGCCUCGGAGUCGCCGCCUGACCCCGGGGAGGAAGCGGCCCCGUGGUCGUCGUCGUCGCUUCCCUCCGCCUAUUCCAGCGCUCGGCCCCCUCCCACUCCCUCCUCCCAUUUCCCGAGCCCCUCGGCGAGCCUCGGCCACGCUCCGCGCCGCCGAAACAAAGGAGGGAACCAGGGAGCGGAGGCGGUCGCGCGAGCUCGGGCCCCCGGGCUUCCUCUCGCUCGCGCGCCCGGUUCCGGGGCAGCCAACGGCACCUGGGCGCUGUGGAGGAGACGGCGCCUGAGGAGGAGGCGCCGCUGGUGCUGCCACCGCCGCCGCCUGUGCUCCUGCUGGUGGGCGCGAGCUCCGCCCGGGAUCUGCCCCGCCGCACGCGCCUCGCCCGGCCCGGGAGCCGCCGCUCACCCUCCCUCACCCGCCCCUCCUCCUCCGAGCCGUCGCGAAGGCAGAGCCGGCCGCCCUCUUCGCAUCCUUCAGCCGCUCCCUCCCAUCUUCUUCAGGGUUUCUCGGCCGCCUAGAGCCCACUUCCCCAGAGAAAUGGCUCAGGAGACAAACCAGACCCCAGGGCCCAUGCUGUGUAGCACAGGAUGUGGCUUUUAUGGAAAUCCUAGGACAAAUGGCAUGUGUUCAGUUUGCUACAAAGAACAUCUUCAACGGCAGCAGAAUAGUGGCAGAAUGAGCCCAAUGGGAUCAGCUAGUGGUUCCAACAGUCCUACCUCAGACUCUGCAUCAGUUCAAAGAGCAGAAGCUAGUUUAAACAACUGUGAAGGUGCUGCUGGCAGCACAUCUGAAAAAUCAAGAAAUGUGCCUGUGGCCGCUUUGCCUGUAACACAGCAAAUGACAGAAAUGAGUAUUUCAAGAGAGGACAAAAUAACCACACCGAAAACAGAGGCAUCAGAACCAGUUGUCACUCAGCCAAGUCCAUCAGUUUCGCAGCCUAGUACUUCUCGAAGUGAAGAAAAAGCUCCAGAAUUGCCUAAACCAAAGAAGAACAGAUGUUUCAUGUGCAGGAAGAAAGUUGGCCUUACAGGGUUUGACUGCCGGUGUGGAAACUUGUUUUGUGGACUUCACCGUUAUUCUGACAAGCACAACUGCCCCUAUGAUUAUAAAGCAGAAGCUGCAGCAAAAAUCAGGAAAGAGAAUCCAGUUGUUGUGGCUGAAAAAAUCCAGAGAAUAUAAACUAAAUUACUACUUGUGAAGAGACUGAAUUUUGUUUUUGUUUUUAUUUUAAUAUAUCGUAGGAAAACAUUAAAGAGCAGAUGCAUGGCAUUUUCCUUUGAUGUUCUCCAGAGUUUUACUUUAAACUUGUCUGUCUUAUAAUUGAUAUUUUAGAAUGUUUGGGUGUUUGUUACAGGCAGAAUUGGAUAGAUACAGCCCUAUAAAUGUAUAUGCCCUCCCUCUGAAUAAAAUUGGAUGAUAACCUGCACCAUAAAUUGAAAUGCACAGAUACUGGAGAUGAGAUUAUUUAGUUCACAUGUGCCAAACAAAUAGUAAAACCUGCAUGUUUGCAGCAUAUAUCUGCCUUUUGGGAAUGUAAUCAAGGUAUAAUAUCUUUGGCUAGUGUUAUGUGCCUGUAUAAAAAAAUGGUACACCAGAAAAAGACUGGCAGUCUACGUUUACCAUAGUUAAACUUUGCCCUGUUAAUUUCUACAACUUAUUCUUUUGAAGCAGAAAGUAAGUUAUCUAUAAAGGAUCAGACCUUUCAGUGAAAUGAAUAUUUUUGGUGCCGUAUAUAAGCCAUGGUCUACUAAAUGCUGUGAAAGUAAGACAUUCUAACUCAAAGGGUAAAAACAUUGAAACAAGUUAUAUGGGAGUAAAUCCAUCCAAGUGACUCAAAGAUUUGAUUCUGUCUCUGAAACAGCGUGCUGGCCUGCACCAGAAGAUUUGUCUGCUUUACUCUUGUGUAGCUAAAAAUGUUGUGUAGCACAAUACUGUAGUAAGGUUUUUCGUUUGUUUACAAGAAGAAAUAAACGCUACAUGGUUUUACAUACAGCAGCUUUAAUCAAAUUACGUGCAUUUGAUGAAUCUUACUUUGCAAAAGGUAUUUGAACAGUUUGGUUUUUUGUGUAUAUCUUCUGUUGAAUGUGUUUUUGGUUCCAGAAAGGUUGUUUAAAGCUUUUUUAAAACUUCAGUUUUCAAUGUAAUUGCACCCUUCUGCAUGGAAAAAAAAAAAACCCAUAACCGACAUGGCUUAAGUGGUACCGAGAACCACUCUCAGAGGGCUGCUUUUAUCAUUUUAAUUGUACUUGGGUGUAGGACUAUAGUUGUUUUUGGGUGUAUUGCAUGGGCUGCAUUAUCUACAGCAUUGUACAAUAACAACUCUAGAAAAGGCAGUAAACUUCACUGAUGCUUGUCUGGUAAUAUCACUUCUGUGUUAUAAUGGAAGGUUUUUCUGUGAUGUAUGAAACUUGUGGUUUUUUUACAUAUAAAACGAGUACAGUUUAGACUAGUGUUGUGGUAAUGCCUGUUUUCAUUUGUAAAUAGUUAAGUAUGUACACAAGGCGCUACUUUUGACUUUUUUUUUUUUUAAUUGCAGUGUUCAGUCCUAGUUUUUACUUCACUCUUAAGGCAUCAGGUUUUUGGCUUAAAUUUCAUGUACUUUAGUUUGGAGUUAGAUAUGCAAAUGUGUACAGAUAGUUCAUAUUUAUGUAUUGCACAUAAUCAUGCUCCUCAGCAUUUAUGCUACAUUGUAUUAUGUAAAUAAUAAAAAUCAUGUACAGAGGGAA